AGAGCUGGGAUUCGAACUCAUGAGCCCUGACUCCAAAGCCCGUGCUCUUUCCACUGCGCCACGCUGCUUCUUUGUGGGCUAUUGCUGUUUUAAAUAAUGUUCUGGGAAACCUGGAAGGGUAUUUUGGCCUUUAAAAAAAAAAAAAAAGAAAUAGAGGAAAACUGCAGAAAAGAGGAGAUACUCAUGUUGCUUAAAUAUCGAGUGGAAGCAAACAUGUUGGGCUCCCCAACAGUAACCCCUUCAUGAAAUUUUAUUUCAAUUUAGAAUUAUAUGUGUUUGACUAGGAAUGCUGCUGGCUGUCUUUCCUCUUAGGAGAAAAGUUGCCAUUUAAAUUUAAAAAAAGGCAUUUACCAUUCCAAAUGCUUGCUUCAUCAGUUCAUUCUGAUUUGUGGAAUUCUGACUGGAGACAAGUCCAAGUUUUAGUUUGUCCUCAAUUAUUGGUAUACUCAUGCCCUUGGAAAACAAGGAUUUUUGUGAUUAACCUUAUUCCUUGUGGAGAUAGAGAAGUUUCAUUAUCUGCUGACAAGAGAAAGGCAUAGGGACUUUGCCAUAAACUUUUGCCACUAGAGGCUUGUUUAGAAAUGAGUGGGUCGACUGAGCGCAUUUUAGCGUCCAGAGGUAUCAGCUUCUAAGGACUUGAUUAGAUUUCAACCCUUUCUCAGAUUGAGGGUACACACUGACAGGUUUCAUCAAGCAGCUGACCCUGAAAUAGUUAUGGGUCUGCACAUAUGUUGUUGCCAGUUAACAUACAGUGUCAGCUUACAAUGCCACUUCAUUUAGCCAGGCAACUUCUUUCUCUGUUUUGAAAACGCUUCUUAAGCUUUAAAGGGUGGAGAAUGAUCCAUUGUUAACUCAUGGUCGAUCAUACGCACCUAAUCACUCAUUUUGAUGUAAGGGGAGUGUAUGUGAUAGCCUAGGUUUUGGUUCUGGCAGGCCUGAAAUGUCUCCCAGCUCUAGUACUCAUGUGAGUUUUAGGAUGACUGAUGUCCUUAAAGUUUCCAGAGCAAAAUGUGCUUGCUAGAAGUAGAAUUGCCAAAAUUCAUUAAAUCAUACUUCCCCUUAUUCUGCAGAUUUAUUGACCUUUUCAGGACUAGAAAUCAAGAACAGCAGUGACAGCUCAGAGAUGGCUCAAGAGACAAACCAGACCCCAGGGCCCAUGCUGUGUAGUACAGGAUGUGGGUUUUAUGGGAAUCCUCGGACAAAUGGAAUGUGCUCCGUCUGCUACAAAGAACAUCUUCAGCGGCAGCAGAAUAGCGGCAGGAUGAGUCCAAUGGGAACAGCCAGUGGCUCCAGUAGCCCAACCUCAGACUCUGCAUCUGUUCAAAGAGCAGAAGCUAGUUUAAACAGCUGUGAAGGUGCUGCUAGCAGCACAGCCGAUAAAUCAAGAAGUGUGCCUGUGACUUCCUUGCCUGUUACUCAGCAAAUGACAGAAAUGAGCAUUUCAAGAGAGGACAAAAUAACCACCCCGAAAACAGAUGUGGCGGAGCCAGUUGUCACUCAGCCAAGUCCAUCAGUGUCUCAGCCCAGUGCUGCUCAGAAUGAAGAAAAAACUCUUGAGUUACCCAAACCAAAGAAAAAUAGGUGCUUCAUGUGUAGGAAGAAGGUUGGCCUUACAGGAUUUGACUGCCGAUGUGGAAAUUUGUUUUGUGGACUUCACCGUUAUUCUGAUAAGCACAACUGCCCAUAUGAUUAUAAAGCAGAAGCUGCAGCAAAAAUCAGAAAAGAGAACCCAGUUGUUGUGGCUGAGAAAAUCCAGAGAAUAUAAAUACUCAACUGCUUCUCAUGAAGAGACUGAUUCAGUGUCUUGUUCUUAUUUUAAUAUAUCCUGGGAAAACAUUGAAGAGCAGAUGCAUGGCCAUUUUCCUUUGAUGUUUUACUUUAAAGUUUGUCUGUCUUAAUUGAUAUUUUAGGAUGUUUGGAUGUUUGUUACAGGCAGAAUUGGAUAGAUACAGCCCUAUAAAAUGUAUAUGCCCUCCCCCUGAAUAAAAUCUGGUGAUAACCUGCAUAGUUAAUUAAAAUGCACAGAUAUUGGGGACAAAAUUGUUUAGUUGAUUUGUGCCAAAUGUUAAAUCUGCAUGUUUGCAGCAUUUCUGCCUUUGGGGAAUGUAAUCCACUUACAAUAUAUUUGACUAGUGUUACGUGCCUGUAUAAGAGAAAAUGGUACACCAGAAAAAGGCUGACGGUCUACUUAAAACUUUGUCCUGUUAAUUUCCGCAAUUGAUGUUUUUGAAGCAGAAAGAAAGAUGUACCAAGGACCCACUUUUCAGUAAGAUGAGUAUUUAGGUGCCAUAUUUAACCCAUGAUUAAAUUUUGUCUGAUAGGUUGACUUUCUGACUUAAGAGGGUAAACGGUUGGAUGUAAAAGCAAAACCAUCAAACCAAUGUUUUCAAAGAUGAUCGGUUCUUAAACUGAUCCUGCAAUGGAAGAUUUUUCGUAUUCUUGCAUAGCAAAACAUGUUGUGUAGCACAAUAUUGUAUUUGACUCUUUGGGGGGUGGGGGGAGUUUACAAACGAAACAUUCUAAAGGUUUUUCUCACAGCAACUCAAUACGUGCAUUUGAAGUGAGUUGCAGUUAUUUGGACAGCUUAAUUUUUCAUGUAUAUCUUCUGUUAAAUGUUUUGGGUUCAAAGAAAGAACGUUGAGCUUUAAAAAGAUACGUUUUAAAUGUAAUGAAAACUGCACCCUUCUGCAUGGAAAACCAUAACCAACAUGGCUGCAGUAGACUUGAGUGGUAUCGAGAACCACUUCCAGAGGGCUGCUUUAUCAUUUUUAAUUGUACUUGGGUGUAGGACUGUAGUGUUCUUGGGUGUAUUGCAUGGGCUGCAUUAUCUACAGCAUUGUACAAUAACAACUCUAGAAAAGGCAGUAUAAUUCACUGAUGCUUGUCUGGUAAUAUCACUUCUGUGUUAUAAUGGAAGGUUUUUUUGUGAUGUAUGAAACUUGUGUUUUUUUAUAUAUAAACAAGUAAAAUUUAGACUAGUGUUGUGGUAAUGCCUGUUCCCAUCUGUAAAUAGUUUAAGAAUGUACACAAGGCGCUACUUCUGACUUUUAUUGCAAUGUUGAGUCCUAGUUUCUACUUCACUCUUGAAGCAUUGAGUUUUUGCUUUAAACUUUAUGUACUUUAGUUUGGAGUUAGAUAUGCAGAUGUGUACAGAUAGUUCAUAUUUAUGUAUUGCACAUAAUACUGCUAUUCAGCAUCUAUGCUAUAUUGUAUUAUGUAAAUAAUAAAAGUUUAUGUACAGAGGGAAA